AAACACCUCCCGGCAAGGGACGCCACGCAUGUCGACGUCAAUACUAUUUGGUCUAUUCGCAGUCAACGUUCGGAGCAGUUGAGAUUCAAACCGCCACAAAGACCAUAACCGUAUUGGCAUUUCUGCCGGUACUAACGUCGUGGCGACAAGGGAGAGAGGGAAUAUUGUUCUAACAACCUGUGCUCAUUGUGGACUGGAAACAUGCAUACCAAACGCAUUACAACUCUCGUCAUAGUAGUCUGUAUUCUAUUUGCUGUUACUGAUGGAAGACCACGCAACUACUCUCGGAUCAAACGGGAUUUUGCUGAUGCAUUGUGGAGCAAAAUGACGGAGAGGAACGAAGACUUCAAAACUCAAAACAACAAGCUGCCCACGGUCACGGAUAAGGAGGUCAGCACCGAAUUGGACGCAAAAGAAGAGACACUGCUCAACAACCUGGAUGCAUUAAUCGACGAAUUGCGUGAGGUCAAUCAAAUGACGCGGCAAGAUGAGGAUCUGCCUAAUCGUCAGACCGACGAUGACGAUUAUAACAAACAGGAAAGCGAAUCUUCUCAAAGUGCCAAUGUGACUGAAUCGGACAGUUCAUCGUGGUCGGGAUUGGAUAUCAGUUCGUCAGAAUUGGACGAGGUGUAUUCCUUCCUCAUACGUGUCACCAACGCCAUCAUUACCAUCUUCAUCAUUACCAUCUUCAUCAAUACCAUCUGGUGAUGAUGACGAUAAUCAAGAAUCCGAACAAAAUAUGGAUAACAAUUGGGAUUCAUUGUUGAAGUUAGUUCAAUUAUUACAACAUGGUUAUGGAAAAAAAGAUGUAUACCAGAAACCGCCACUAAAUAUGAGAAACGAUGCUGACCUAGUUCCUCCAAAUAAAACCCCGCCAAAUAUGAGAAACGAUGCCGACCUGGCUCCUCCGAAUAGAACCCCACCAAAUAUGAGAAACGAUGAGGACCUGACUCCUCCGAAUAGAACCCCGCCAAAUAUGAGAAACGAUGCCGACCUAGCUCCUCCAAAUAGAACCCCACCAAAUAUGAAAGAUACUAGUUGGCAUGGGCUCGAGGCUACAGACGAUGCCGAAAAUCCACUAAACGUUAGAGAACUUUAUAAGUUGUUGUUGUCAGAAAAGGAACAAAGGCAAAGCUAUAAACCACCCCCAAAUAUGAAAAACGAAGACGCCAGACCACCUCCAAAUAUGAAAAAUGAAGACUCCAGACCACCCCCAAAUAUGAAAAACGAAAACUCCAGACCACCCCCAAAUAUGAAAAGCGAAAACUCCAGACCACCCCCAAAUAUGAAAGAUACCAGUUGGCAUGGGCACGAGGCUACAGACGAUGCCGAAAAUCCACUAAACGUUAGAGAACUUUAUAAUCUCUACAAGUUGUUGUUGUCGAAAAAAGAACAAAUGGAAGACGCCAGACCACCCCCAAAUAUGAAAAACGCAGACGCCAGACCACCCCCAAAUAUGAAAAACGCAGACUCCAGACCACCCCCAAAUAUGAAAAACGCAGACUCCAGACCACCCCCAAAUAUGAAAAACGCAGACUCCAAACCAACCCCAAAUAUGAAAAACGCAGACGCCAGACCACCCCCAAAUAUGAAAAAGGCAGACUCCAGACCACUCCCAAAUAUGAAAAACGCAGACUCCAGACCACCCCCAAAUAUGAAAAAUGAAGACUCCAGACCACCCCCAAAUAUGAAAAACGCAGACUCCAGACCACCCCCAAAUAUGAAAAACGCAGACUCCAGACCACCCCCAAAUAUGAAAGCCGAAGACUCCAGACCACCCCCAAAUAUGAAAGCUGAAGACUCCAGACCACCCCCAAAUAUGAAAAGCGAAGAUACAAGUUGGUAUAAGAACGAGGCCCUCAACGAUGGCAAAAUACCACCAAACGUGAGAGAACUUUAUAAACUUUACAAAUUGAUCUUAUCAGAAAAAGAACCAGGAAAAGACGACAGACCACCCCCAAACAUGAGAUCCGAGUAGACACAAAGAUGUACGUCGCAACGAAAGCUGAAGGUACAGCACAACAUUGGAUAAUAUGCCUACAGUAUCCAAAGAGGCCGGAGAACGGAGCUUUACCAAUAUAUUCGUCGUAUUCAGUAUCAAAAUAAAUGACAAAUGUGCUGCGGGACAUAGUUAAAGUUCAUAUUUACAGUUUUAAUGCUUUGCGUAGUUUGAAUACAUGUUAAUUACAUUAUUGGUGGUCAUUGCACAUGAAUCUACUGGGCGACCAGCUAACCAACUGCUCAGCCCGUUAUUAGAACACCAUGUGUAAACAAUUCCCCCAGUUAUAAUAAACACACACGGUACACGGAUUGCCGCGUCAUAUUUGUAAACGUUCACUUGACCUUGUCCAAUAGAAAACAUCGCACAGAUUCGUAAGAUUCGACAGCCUCGCACGAACCCUCCGAUGUAACAAUAACAUUUUUGAGCUAUACAGAUACCCACCCACCCCCGUUAUUGUUAGACCGCCACUAACAAAUUUCAACUAUUGCUCCGAUUUAUGCCUUACGAUCACUGCCACGUAACGGCUUUGACGUCGCUUGUUUUAGUAACAAAAUCACAUUAUUCUCAUAAUUUGAAAUAACCGAAACAUUUCUAACAUACAGAUAUGUAAAAUAUAGUUAUGCUUUCGAUAAUCUGUGACCAUGUCACGUGAUCUACUGCCGCCAUGUUUUCCAUAAAUUGGACUUAUUAAGUAAAUCAUACAAAAUUUGCAAAUGACAAAAGCAUUGACACAUUCCUUUUUUUCUAGGAAUAUUUCCAAUUAUGAUAUUUUGGAAGAAAAUGAAAUAUCAGAAUUUGUCAUCCUUAAAUAUUCGGCACGAGUCUGGACAGUGUGCUAUGACGGGAAUGUGCUCAUUGUGGUCACCUGUAUUUAAUUAUAUUACAUUAUUUAUAAGAAUAUCGUAUUUUACAUCUCAAAGUUUGGAAACUGUUUUUUUUUUUACAAUUGGCUGAUUAUAUAAAUAAAUUUGCGGCGAUAUCCCAAUAUAUCACGUGACUAUUGUACCCUAACUUAAUUUAAUAAUAAUAACUGAAAUGUGACGACUUCUAAUUAUCGACUAGCCAUUUAAAAGUAUUGAUAUUAUAAAAAAGAUUAGUUAUUAAUUAUAUUGUAUGUGUAAACCAGUGUGCUAAAAUUAUCAUUGUAUUUUCGAAAAAGCUUGGAAUGUAUUUGAUUUAUAAUUUUACAGUCAGUUCGAAAUUUGUAAUUGUGGGACGUGACGAAAUUGGUGAUAUUGUACUUUGAGUAUAAUGUUGAUUAGUUAAUGAUUGGAACAAAUUGUUAUAAACAAAUCUACAUGUUUUAUUUAGUAUAGUGUAUUGACAAACUGACGCAACUUCAAAAGUCACGUGACAACAACAAAUAUUUAAAACAUAUGCCAGAUUCUUACCUUGUAAUGUUAUGUAAUUUUUUGUUGAAAAACUUAGUAACCCGGUAAUUUUCAUAAAAAGUGCUUUAUUUAGAAAAACAACAACAACAACAUAAAUCUACUUUGUAAUCAGGAAAUGAUUGACUAAAUAAAGCAGUGGUCUACUGAAUUAUAAU